UUCUUACAUAUAUUAAACUUUCUUCUAUAUAACAAGUCUUUAGAACUUGACUCACUUUACAGAAUACUAUAGCUAAAAUUUUGGCAAGAAAUGGCUAAAGCAGUGAGCUUUUUCAUGGUCAUAUCUCUUAUUGCUUUUGCACCAAUAUGUUUCUGUAGCAAGAGCAAUUAUUAUGGUUACUUAUAUCCACAAUUUUACGACUGGUCAUGCCCACAAGCUAAAGAAAUAGUCAAGUCUGUUGUUGCUAAAGCCGUAGCCAGAGAAGCCCGAAUGGCUGCCUCUUUGCUCAGGCUCCAUUUCCACGAUUGUUUUGUUAAGGGGUGUGAUGCAUCACUAUUACUGGACAGCAGUGGAACCCUAGUAAGUGAAAAAAUAUCAAACACCAACAGGAAUUCAGCUCGUGGAUUUGAAGUAAUUGAUGAGAUUAAAUCUGCACUUGAAAAAGAGUGCCCUCAAACCGUCUCUUGUGCUGAUAUCUUGGCACUUGCUGCAAGGGAUUCUACAGUUUUAGUUGGCGGACCAAAUUGGGAGGUUCCAUUGGGAAGAAGAGACUCAAGAGAUGCUAGUUUAAGUGGCUCCAACAAUAACAUUCCUGCUCCAAACAACACAUUUAAUACCAUUCUUACAAAAUUCAAGCUAAAGGGACUUGAUCUUGUUGACCUUGUUGCUUUAUCCGGGAGCCACACAAUUGGAAAUGCAAGAUGUACCAGCUUUAGGCAAAGGCUAUACAAUCAAUCAGGCAACAAUUUACCAGACUAUACAUUGGAUCAAUCAUAUGCUGCUCAAUUGCGGACUAGGUGCCCAAAAUCUGGUGGUGACCAAAACUUAUUUGUAAUGGACUUUGUCUCCCCUACAAAAUUUGAUAACAACUAUUUCAAGAAUUUGUUGGCUUCAAGAGGCUUGUUUAAUUCAGAUCAAGUUCUUGUGACCAAAAAUCAGGCAACAUUAGAAUUGGUGAAAUUAUAUGCAGAAAACAAUGAGAUUUUCUUCGAGCAGUUCGCGAAGUCUAUAGUUAAGAUGGGAAAUAUCUCACCUUUAACUGGAUACAGGGGCGAGAUUCGGAAGAAUUGCAGGAUGAUGAACUAUUAAAUAUCACAACAUUCAACAUCAGACUUGCUGUAUUAUUAUGCUUUUCUUUUAACAUUAUUUCCAGAUGUUCCUUUCUGUUUAGCUUGGAUUGUCCUUUUAAUGAAUGGUUUCAUAUUUGUUUGAAACACUCA